UGACGUCUUUAUAAUUAUUGUGUGUUGGAAGCAAAAACACACACAAUAGUUUCCAUAUCUAUGGCUUCAAUAUUCCUACAAGUUCUUGCACUACUUGCAGUGCUAUACAUUCUUCAAGAACUACACAAUAAAUUCAUGAAAAAGAAGAAAAAACUCCACCCUGGCCCAAAAGGGCUUCCAAUUAUAGGAAAUCUCCAUAUGAUUGGCAAAAAUGUCCACCAAGACCUUCAUAAAAUAUCUAAAAGAUAUGGUCCCAUAAUGAGCAUGAGAUUUGGUGUUGUUCCUAUAAUUGUUGCUUCAUCUCCUCAUGCUGCUGAACAAUUCUUGAAAAACCAUGAUCUUGUUUUUGCGAGUCGUCCAGAUAAUAAAGCUGCUCAAUUCAUCGCGUACAAUCAGAGAAAUAUCACGUUUGGUAAAUACGGACCUUAUUGGCGAAAUAUACGAAAAUUGUGUACAUUAGAAUUGCUCAGUACUCUCAAGAUUAAUUCAUUUCAAGCUAUGAGAAAACAAGAAGUUACAAAUUUUGUGACUUUUAUCAAUCAGGCAGCUUCUAAUGGUGUUGAAGUUGAUGUUAGUGCUAAACUUGCUUCACUAAAUGCCAACAUGGCUUGUUUAAUGGUAUUUGGGAAAAAAUACGUGGAUGAUGAAUUUGAUGAAAGGGGUUUUAAAGAUGUGAUUCAAGAGACUUUGAUUCUAGCAGCAACACCAAAUAUAGGUGAAUUUAUUCCAUUUCUUGACGUGUUUGAUUUGCAAGGACUAACUCGUCGUAUGAAGAAAUUGGCAAAGAUUUUUGAUGAUUUUUUUGAGAGAGUUAUUGAUGAACAUGUUCAUGAUUCCAAAGAGGAGAAGCAAACAAAGGAUAUCGUAGAUACUAUGAUGAAUAUCAUGCAAUCUGGAAAAGCUGAGUUUGAGUUUGAUCGUCGCAAUGUCAAAGCUAUUAUGCUGGACUUGCUAAUAGCUUCAAUGGACACCUCAUCAACAGCAAUUGACUGGAUUUUCUCUGAACUUAUAAGACACCCAAAAGUAAUGAAGAAAUUACAAAAUGAGUUGAACGAAGUUGUUGGCAUGAACAGAAUGGUGGAAGAAUCAGACUUGGAAAAAUUAGUGUACUUAGACAUGGUCAUUAAAGAAGGUUUUAGGAUUCACCCUAUUGCACCAUUAUUGGUUCCUCAUGAGUCCAUUGAAGAUUGCACAAUUGAUGGCUUUGAUAUACCUAAAGGUACAAGAAUUCUAGUAAAUACUUGGGCAAUUGGAAGAGAUCCAGAAAUUUGGCCAGAACCCGAGAAAUUCAUGCCAGAAAGGUUUGUUGGUAGCAAUAUCGAACUUCGUGGACGUGAUUUUCAACUUUUACCAUUUGGUUCUGGGAGAAGAAGUUGCCCUGGUUUGCACUUAGGGCUCACAAUCGUUCGUCUGGUGCUAGCGCAAUUGGUUCAUUGUUUUGAUUGGGAACUACCAAAUGAUAUGAAGCCAAAUGAUUUAGACAUGACUGAGAAAUUUGGUUUAGUGAUGGCUAGAGCUCAACACCUAAGGGCUAUUCCUACUCAUCGGUUGGAAAAUAUAUUAGGGAUAUCAAAUGAACAGGUUGAAUAGCGCUGAGUUAAGCCAGAUCCAACCAAAAAUGAUUAUGGCUUAGUCGAUUUGAUGGGAUUAAAAUGGGCUAAACUCGGGGAAUAGAGGACCGUGCGCUGUGUGUCUUGUGUAUGUGAAUGUUCUUCAAUGCCUAGUAACUAUAUUAUUCAAUCUUUAUAAACAUUAUAUAAUAUUUAUACAUAAUAAUCAUGUUACAAGGUG